UAGAGUGCCGCCGAAAUGUGUUUUUUGUAUUUACCUGGUGAUUUACCUGUCGUUUUUAAAGAAAUUCGGCGAUAAUUGCGUCCUUUCCUAACGAAAGCCCUUUUUGGGCUUAAUAAUCAACAUCGUCGUAAUAAACAACAUACAAAAUGAUGAACGAAUCCUCUAGCUUUGGGGAAAGAAUUGAGGACUAUGAAGUAGGCCAUUUUCUUGGGAAAGGGGGGUUUGCUACUGUGCAUAAAGCAAGAUGCAAGAAGACAGGGCUGGAAGUUGCCAUAAAAAUGAUCGACAAAACUCUCAUGAGAGCGGCGGGAAUGGUUAACCGUGUCAAACAAGAAGUGUCAAUUCACUCAAGAUUAAAACACCCAGCUGUAUUGGAACUCUAUACCUUUUUUGAAGACUCUAACUAUGUUUAUCUAGUCCUGGAGCUUUGUCACAAUGGAGAACUUCAAAGGUAUCUCAAAAAGCAUGAUCGCAUUUUAACCGAAGAUGAAGCAAGUCACAUUCUUUCUCAAGUUGUUCAGGGUCUUCUAUACCUACAUUCUCAUAAAAUUCUUCACAGAGAUAUGACUCUUUCAAAUUUAUUGUUAUCCAGCAAAAUGCAAGUGAAAAUAGCAGAUUUUGGACUGGCAACUCAAUUGAAUCGAGCUGAUGAAAAACAUCUCACAAUGUGCGGUACACCUAAUUACAUCUCACCAGAAGUGGCAACUCGCAGCUCUCAUGGUUUAGAAGCAGAUGUGUGGGGGCUUGGCUGCAUGCUCUACACACUUCUUGUUGGGCACCCUCCUUUUGACACUGAUGCAGUCAAGAGCACGUUGACCAGGGUUGUUAUGGCUGACUACACGAUGCCCUCUCAUCUUUCAGCAGAAGCUCAAGAUCUCAUAGAUCAACUUCUGAAGAAAAAUCCAAGAGAUCGAAUUAAAUUACAUGCCAUAUUAAAGCAUCCUUUCCUUUCACGCUCCAAACAAAAUCCUCUUGAGAAGAGAAAGUAUCCACACCGAGAAUCUGAAGACAGUGGCAUGUGCACUAUGACAACUGAAGGAACACAUUCUCUCCAACAUUCCAAGGACACCAUGUCAAGCAGAGAUGGAUUGAAAAAGGCUUCUGCUCCACUCACUGUUGCAGCCAUACUCAAGGAUCAAAGUGCAUGCAAUAUCAGCCACAACAGUUAUGAUUUGAACCAACCUAGCAAACCUAGUUAUUCAAAGUCGCCCCAUGUGUCUCAUCAUAACCACUCAGGUCAUAAAAAAAUGGACAAGGUAUUUGAUCAUGAGAGUUAUAAACACAAUGCUGACAUAAAUCGUGUUGGUAAGUCAUAUGGGUGUGACAGUGGAGACGACAGUGAAACUGAACGCUAUGAUGCUGGUUGUCAAGCACUUCUACCUCAAAAGAGGUUUGUGUCAGCACCAUCCAGAAGUAGAUCAAGGUCUGAAGAUAGGUAUCAUGGAACAAGAGGUUUGGGCUCAAAUUAUUUGAAGUCCAAACUAAGUGGCUGUGAACCAGGAGAAUACACCAGCUUACCUUCCAAACAUUCUCAUAAUCAACUGUCUUUGCAUCACUCACCAAACCUCUCCCACCAUGCUCAAAAUCGACAUAAAGCUUGUCGACACAGCCGCAACAAUGGAGUCUCAACGUGCUCUGCUGACUGUACCUCUGACAUUAACUGGAAACCAUCAACACUGGUUCGGACACAAAGUUUUGGUCACAAAUCAUCCGUCAGAAGUGAAGCUUUGAAAGAUGAAUGCCAAUUUUCAGAGGAUGUCAAACAUGGCCAUAAAAAAUGCUCUUCUUUAACAUGCAAGAUGGAAGUAGUUUCUCUUGAUGUUGGACGGGGUACUGAUUCAUGUUGUGAAGCAGAAAUGGAAUCUCACUGUGGCUCAGGGUCCAGAGGUGGCAGGUGUGGUGGUAGCCAUUGCAGUCACCACACAGAUGAUGACACUUUUGAAAGAAAUGUGAAAGAUUCCAGCACCCACUCAGGACAUAAAUUUUCUGAACGAGUGUCAGUUCCAAAGAAAACACCCAUUUGUAGUGAAGAAGACAACUAUUCUCCAAUUUUGGAUCGUAGGAGAAGUUUGGAUACUGAUGUGUUGGGAACAAUAAAACCGUCUGUCAGUAUGGAAGAGUUUUGUCACCAGAUGUUUACUGGCUUAAAAACUUCCAAGGAGAAAGAUCUAAAGUCUAAAAGCCAAGCUCCACCUCUGAAUACUCUGCGGCUGCUUCCCACUCGUCACCGUACAAAAAAUGCCGUUCUCAGCAUUCUGGAGUCUGGAGAAGUGGUUAUUGAGUUUUUGAAGAAAAAAGGACCUUCGCGGGAGGAGAGAGUAAUUGACGUGUGCCGUAUUUCCAAUGAUGGAUUAAGAAUUGUUUUGUACCAAAUGAAUGGAGGAAAGGGAGCAAUUGUUAGAGACAAACCACCUGAUCUGCCAGAUCAGGGUUCGGAUGCUAUUUUCAGUUAUGAGUCACUUCCAGAAAAACACUGGAAAAAGUAUGAAUAUGCUGUACGUUUUGUGAAUUUAGUUCGUGCAAAAACCCCAAAAGUCACAUUGUACAGUGACAAAGCUAAAUCACAUUUGAUGGAAAACAUGCCUAAUCCUGACUUUGAAUCAUGCUUUUAUGACGGUGGAAAAGUAUCAAGGACAAGUGAAGGUGUCUGUCUAAUUGACCAAGAAGGCCGUAACAAUGUUAUUAUGUCUCCAGAGCAUGCACGUAGCCUUGCAGCAGCACCCAAAGUUUUAUGGGAUCAUUUUCUGCAGUGCUAUCAGCAUUGUGUCAUGCUAGAGCGCUGUCUUGCUCGGUUGGUGGGAACCAGUGCACAGGCAAGCCAUGGUGCAAGAUGUGUUUUCCCAGUUAUUGUAGGACGCCGCCCCAAUGCAAUUUCCACAACUUUGCAGGGUAAAGAAAAUUUUACGAAUAUGAUGAGCGAUAACCACCUUCGUGGUCCUCUCAUAUCUCCUAACACGCCAACUCUUAAAUCAUUUGAGGUAUCCUCGAUAUCUACUGUACCGUUACACUCCAUCAAAUCAUGUGGUUCUCGAAUAGCCCACAUAGCAGAAACUCCAGUGUCUCGCCCUGGCAGUAGGCAUAGCACUCGGAUCAAGAGAGCAACCUCUCCAACCAGCAUUAACAGUGGUGUGAGGAGAGUUGAUGUGUCAGGUGUUGGUACAGCAACACAGCUUGCAUCAGGAGAGGUUCGGAUUGAUUACUACGAUGGAUCACAGCUGAAAGUACAUGCCUCAAAUACUGGCAUUAGUUAUCACUGUGCUGACGGGUCACAAGUGGUGCGUUGUGGACCAGAAGAAACAGUUCCCGAAUGGCUUCGUGAUCGGUUAGCACAAGUGCCUAGAAUUAUCCAAAGUCUAAUGGAGAAGGCUCCAUCCUGCUCUGACAAUAUGCCAAGGAUAGUAAAUAAACCCAAAGUGCGGUCUAUAAGAUAAAAAAAAAACAAAAAACAAGUUGUCAGACCCCCAGCUGUCAAGAUCCGUCCUAAGUUUUAAUCUGUGAUUAUCAUUAAAUUAACAUAAAUAGUGCAUAGUAUAUGUCCAAAUAAUUGUUUUCUUAUCAAUCAUGGUGAUUUCCAUGAAUAAAAGAUGUAUAGAAAUUAUUUUUUUAAAAAGAAUUUUGCUAAUUCUUAGACUUUAUAUUUAUGUUGUAAUAUAAACUUUAUUAGUAUGCUAAAUAUCUGGCUUCAGCUGAUGUGGCCAAGAACUGAGGUAAUUGUUUUGGUUCUUGGAAACACCAGUUCUGAAAUUGUUGUUAUUUUAGUGACUGUUUCAUGAUAUGUAAUGUUUUGUAUAGUUAAGGAUUCUAGUUACCUACCUUUGAUGUAAAAGGACUUCUUAUGUUAGUUGUUAGUGACUCACUUUAGCAUUACCUUGAGCAAAACUGUAAAUUGCUUUAAGAGCAGCGAAAUUUUAUGAAUUGAUGUACGUGUUUUUAGCCUUUUACGUCAAGUUCUGCCUCCUAAUGUAUUAUAGAAAACUGAUUUAUGUAAAAGGUUUUGGCUUGUUUUAUACAUUUUAGAAGUUGGAAUAAAUAAUUAUAUUCAUACGCAA